UGUCAUUCGCUCCUGCCAACUCUUCUAGUAGUGAUCAGUCUGUACGUGUUCGCGUCUUGGAGCUGGAAUUUGGGGAGUGGAAAUACCACUGUUACUUUCACAGUUGGCGUCAAGUCGAAUGAGAGUGACCCUCUGACAUUCUACUGUGUUGGUCAGACAGCGCGCAUCGGAAACGGGCCGAACCGUUACCGAACGAACGCAGUCAAAAGGAAUAGGAAUUGGGGAUGUUAUACAGGGUGGUAGUGAAUGUAUGAGAUAUUAUUGUAUCUUUAAAGUUUUUUGUUCCACUUUUGAUAUACAAUUAUCAGUUAUCGAUUGAUAGCCUACCAGUUGGGGCACUUUAGGCGUCUGGAUUUUCGGAAUCAACAAUUGUUUUCUGAGUUUGGAUUAUUAUUAUUAUUUUCCUGGGAAAUGGCAAGUUCUUAUUCUGCGAGAGAAACACGACUUUCGGAGGAGAGAGGAAACAGCAGCUGAAUAAUAAGCUUCUAAAGGAUGCUGGCAACCUGAAGCUGCCAGACGAAUUUCUCCUACAUUUCUGAGAAAUUUGUUAUUUUGCUUUGCGGACUAUAAAAGGGUGGAAAUAUCAACGUUUUUUAUUUAUUUUAAUUUUUUACAGAUUUGUUUGUUUUACUGUCCAAUGAUGUAUUGUGGAUUUAUACUGUUCCUUUCAACCCAACUCAUUGUUGUGGCUCCAUUGAUUCCAAACGUUGCAGAUACAUGUGGAGAUAACAUUGAGAUAACCAAUGCAGAUUAUCUCACCUCGACUGGCUAUCCGACCUCAUACCCUCCAUCACAACAAUGUAUGUGGGUGAUAUCAGCCCCAGAACCGGGCCAGAAGAUACUCAUCAACUUUAACCCUCAUUUUGAUCUGGAGGACAGAGACUGCAAGUAUGACUAUGUGGAGGUGUUUAACGGUGGGGACGAGAAGGCUCCAACCCUGGGGAAGUUCUGUGGGAAGAUCGCCCCCUCCCCUAUCAUCUCAAGCGGCAGCCAGCUUCUCAUCAAGUUUGUGUCCGACUACGAAACCCACGGGGCUGGUUUCUCCGUACGUUAUGAGGUCUUCAAGACAGGGCCUGAGUGCUCCAGAAACUUCACCUCGUCCAAGGGCGUUAUAAAGACGCCAGGCUUCCCAGACAAGUACCCCAACAACCUGGACUGCACCUUCAUGAUCAUUGCCCCCAAGAUGUCCGAGAUCGUGGUGGACUUCAAUGCGUUCGACAUGGAGCCUGACACCACCCCUCCACCCGGGGCGCUCUGUCGCUACGACUGGCUGGAGAUCUGGGACGGGUUCCCUGCAGUGGGUCCCCACAUCGGGCGGUACUGUGGUAACAGCAGUCCUGGCCGGGUCAUCUCCUACACAGGGAUCCUGUCUAUGACCAUCAACACUGACAACGCCAUCGCUAGAGAGGGCUUCUCAGCCAAUUACACUGUCAGAGAGAGGAGCCUGCCACAGGGACUGACACCAGAGGACUUUAAGUGUGUGGAGGGCCUGGGGAUGGAGUCAGGGGAGAUCACCUCGGAUCAGAUCACUGCCUCUUCUCAGUACAACCCUAACUGGUCUCCUGAGCGCUCCAGACUCAACUACAAAGAGAACGGCUGGACCCCCUCUGAAGACUCCAACAGAGAGUGGAUACAGGUGGACCUGGGAUUCCUCCGCUUUGUCUCAGCCGUGGGAACACAGGGCGCCAUCUCCAAGGAAACCAAGAAGGAGUACUUUGUCCGCUCCUACAAAGUGGAUGUGAGCUCCAAUGGAGAGGAUUGGGUCACAAUAAAGGAGGGCUCAAAGCAGAAGAUUUUCCAGGGGAAUCACAACCCUACAGACGAGGCCAGGUCGUUCCUGCCCAAGCAGACUCUGGCACGCCACGUCCGCAUCAGACCCAUGUCCUGGGAGAUAGGCAUCUGCAUGCGCUUCGAGGUUUACGGCUGCAAGACCUCAGACUACCCCUGUUCAGGCAUGCUGGGGAUGGUCUCCGGACAGAUCUCGGACGCCCAGAUCACUGCGUCGUCACAUGCAGAGCGUGGCUGGGUACCAGAGAACGCCAGGUUGCUGACAGGGAGGUCGGGAUGGACCCAGCAACAGACCAGACAGCCCUUCAGGAACGAGUGGCUGCAGGUGGACUUGGGCCAGGACAAGCUGGUCAGCGGCCUGGUUAUCCAGGGAGGACACCACAGAGACAAGAAUGUGUUUAUGAAGAGGUUCAAGGUGGGUUACAGCAACAACGGCUCUGACUGGACCAUGGUGAAUGAAGACAACGGCGCCAAGCCUAAGAUCUUCAUUGGGAACCAGAACCAUGACACCCCAGAGCUGCGUACGCUGGGCCAUCUGCUUACUCGCUUCCUCAGGGUUUACCCAGAGAGAGCCACCCCCGAGGGCCUGGGGCUCAGACUGGAGCUGCUGGGCUGUGAGAUCCAGGAGCCCACAACUCUCCCACCGACCACGCCUGUAGCGAUCACGUUUGCUGUAACCACAUUCGCUGCCACCAUGACCGCGUCUGUGACCACGCCCGCCCCGACGUCAGAGGAGUGUGACGACGAGCAGGCCAGCUGUCACAGUGGAACAGGAACAGGAGGAGGGGAGGACUACGACACAACAGGUGACACCACAGUGGCAGACCCUAUCAUGGAGGGAGACCGCGUACCAGAGUACCUAUGGUUUGCGUGUGACUUUGGCUGGGCAGACAACCCAUCGUUCUGCGGCUGGACACUGGAGACGGAUGCUGGUCCUGAGUGGAUGAUUCAGACCAGUGGGGCUCCUACAGUCCACAAAGGACCCAACCUAGGUCACACAGGAGGUUCAGGGAAUUUCAUCUACAUGCAGCUGGCUGCUGAGACUGAAAGGAAGGAGGAGGAGGCAGAGGAGGAGAGGAUGGAGGAGAGGGUGGCACGCCUAACCAGCCUGCCCGUCACCGCCCCGGACACAGACCUGUGUGUGUCCUUCUGGUACCACAUGCUCGGGGAGCACGCUGGCACCCUGCACAUCAAACAGAGGAGGGAGACAGAGGAGGGACGGGCUGAGGCACUGCUCUGGACCGUCAGUGGACACCAGGGCAGCCGAUGGAGGGAGGGACGAGUGCUGGUGCCCCACUCUAGCACACCCUAUAAGGUGGUGAUUGAGGGAGUGGGAGACAGGAGCACAGGACAUAUCGCGCUGGACAGUAUCAAGAUCCUGGAUGGACUCACACCAGAGGAGUGUAAGGAUCCAGAUAUACCAGAGGCUCCUACGUCCCAGCCAACAGAGAUCUGCAUAUACCCAAUAGACCCGUACUACCCAGAGGUAGUGGAGAACAGCGAGCUGGGUGACCCAGGCAACAUGCUGAAAACCCUGGACCCCAUCCUCAUCACCAUCAUCGCUAUGAGCGCUCUGGGGGUCUUCCUGGGGGCUAUCUGCGGCGUCGUCCUCUACUGUGCCUGCUCACACGGCCACAUGUCCGACAGCAGGAACUUGUCGGCUCUGGAGAACUAUAACUUUGAGCUGGUGGACGGAGUCAAGCUAAAGAAGGACAGCAAGCUGAAUGCACAGAACAGCUACUCAGAGGCGUAAGCUAAAGGCGUGAGCUUCCUCUGAGGGAAGGGAACACAAGCAGCCUCAUAGCUGGAGGAACUAGACCACUGGACGGAGGGUUGUGACCCAAAUGGCACCAUAUUCCAUAUAUAGUGCACAAUGUAGGGGAUAGGGUGCCCUGUAGUGCACUAUGUAGGGGAUAGGGUGCCAUUUGGGACGCAGUCAGCCAUAGAGAUGGUAGGAGGUUGUGACUGAGUCAUGAUAUUCUCAGGAGCUGCAGUGAAAGGAAUUUACCAGUAGGGGGCACUGUGUAUAAAGAAAAUGUGUACAGCAAAAAUUAUUAUUUUGUUUUUGGAUGUUUUGUGACAUGCUUUGUUUGUAUGUAAUCAGAUGCUGGUGUUGAGACCAAUUAAGAUGAAAGUAUUUAUCAUGUUUUUGUUCUUUUUGUUCUGAAAAUAUAUUAUAUUUCAUUUUUCUUCUGAAGUCAAUACUGUUUCACAGAAAGAAAGAGCAUAACUUUGAUUCACUAUCCUGAUGUGUGGCUGGCUAUUCAGCUGGCUAUGUUAUGUUUCUGUUUGUAUGUCUGCAUCGAUUUGUGCAUUUUGUGUGUGUGUGAGUAUGUGCUUGCGUGUGUGUGUGUGUGUGUGUGUAUCCAGAGGGGUGCUUGCCCUGGCCCUAGACCUGUGUCUAGUUCCGACAGUGCCUUUUUGAAAGUUUGUGUUGCAUUUUCUCUACUGAUUCUGUUCUGAUCAUAGUAGUACAUAGGCAUCCGCUGGUAGAGUCUGAUUCUGUUCUGUACAUAAUUGUGCAUAAGCAUCGGCUGGUAGAGUCUGAUUCUGUUCUGAUCAUAGCAGUUUGUAGGCAUCGGCUUGAAGAGUCUGAUUCUGUUCUGAUCAUAAGAGUCCGUAGGCAUUGGCUGGUAGAGUCUGAUUCUGCUCUGAUCAUAGCAGUAAGUAGGCAUCCACUGGUAGAGUCUGAUUCUGUUCUGAUCGUCAUAGCAGUACAUAGGCAUCGGCUGGUAGACUCCAUGCCAUCCCUUCAUAGCACAUGACACAUCCAACUUAUUGUACAUAGGUUUUAAUAUAUUUGAGCGGCCUUUUAUAUUUAAAAAAAAUACAAAAUGCGGUAGUAUCCUUUCUUUGUGCUUUCUGUAUCAUAGGUGAUGUUAUCUGGCUGUCAUCAUGUAUUUAAUGGGUAUUUUGUGUUAUGUUCCAUUGGUGCUCUCACAAUGCUGCCUGGAAAAGGAAUGUGUUAUUAUGGCCAAUGGUUAUGUUCAGAGCCAGCCAUGAUCAUCAGCAUUGGGUCUUAUUAAUAGAGUAUAAUGAUUCGCUACAAAGGACUAACAAGAAGAGAGUGAAGAGCCCAUCGGCUGUGUCUGAAAUGGCACCCUAUUCCCUAGAGUGCACUACUUUUGACCAGAACCCUAUGGGCUCUGGUCAAAAGUAGUGCACUAUAUAGGGAUUAGUGUGGCAUUUGGGAUGUAACCAGACAACAAAAUGGUGAAGCAUCGCUACGAAAACAUUUUUAUGACACUGCUAUGACAAUACUUGGGACAGUACGGGACAGUUUCCCAGACACAGAUUAAGAAUCUCUUUGAGAAUGCUUUUUAGUCCUGGACAUGGCUUAAUCUGGGUUCUGGGAAACUGGCCCUACAUGUCUAUGGUGGAAUGAUGGACCUUGAUAGAAUGAAAGAGACUCUUCUGUCAUGCUGUUUUCAUGCACUCUAGCUUACAUCCUAUGUGCUCUCAUUUUGUCUGUUUUGAACGCUAACGUAAAGAGUUCAUGCAAAACAAAGUACUGUAUGAAAUGGCGAAAACAUGGAUCUAAGGUUCAAUCAAUGGAUGUGAUGUAGCUAUACUGUUUAUUCCUUCGGCCGGGGUCUAUUUGAGCUUCUAUGUUUAGUCUCUGUCAUGUUUUCUUCAUUCAGGGAAGCUAGUUAGACAGAUGUUUCAAGGUUCUGCUUUGAGUUCUUAAUGGUAUUCCACAUUCCAUAGGAUUAGAAUGAUUAGAAUUAGAAUGAGUCAUUCCUGUUUCCAUGGUUCCACCACUCAAAAAUGUAAUGUUUUGGCCUAAUGUUUUGGUGUGGUCCUCUUCAAUAGGAAAGGAUGCUGCAGCACUAGACGUGAAAACAAUGUUUAUUUAAAAGAUCUUUGUGUUGUUUAUGAUAACGAUUUGUGAAAAAAGAGAGCGAGAAAGCGAGAGAAGGAUAAGACAGUGUUACAGAUAACUAUUUUAUAUGGUUUCAGAUUACAUGAUAUAAUUCUGAAAUGUACAAUUAUGGAGAUGUUUUUCAUUAUGGAAAAAGCUAUACACGUCUCUUUACUUACGUAAUGUUUUUAUUUAGUUGGUAUGCUAUAUCACCUUGUGUUUUUGUACUGUCACAAAUGUCUGUGCCAUUUUUUUCUACAAUGUUUUUUUUUCUUAUACUGCUUAUGUAAUUUGCCAUCCCAGAUAUAAAAAAAAAAAAGAAAAAGAAAAAAUAAUUAAGCAGUUAAGGCCUUAAUGACUGAAGUAAUUAUGUUUCUAUACUUGGACUCCGUCCCAAAUGUCCCCCUUCCCUAUACAGUGCACUACCUUUGGUCAGGGCCCAUAGGGUUCUGGUCAAAAGUAGUGCACUAUGUAGGUAAUAUGGUGCCAUUUGACUCCCUGGUCAGCUUCAAGACCCAUCUGGCUAUGUUGUUUCUGACUCUGAUCAAUGACUACUACAUUCCAAAGAAUUUGAUCAAAUAAAUGUUUGAAUAAGA